AUGGCGGAUCCAGAUGCCUUGCCAUUUCCACUGGCUGCAGGAUAUGCCACCUUGGCCUUGAACGGAGCCAAGGGUGGAGCUACGAAAUAUUUGUGCUUGCAAUACUUGAACUAUGCUCGCUGGACGUCCCAGCAAUUCAGCUGCAACCUUCCCACAUCCCAUGUCGAGCAAGCAUCGCGGAUUAAACACAAAAGCUCAAGCACAGUUUGCAAAGGCCUUGCAGAGUAUUGCGACUCUGGAGCUAGUUUCAUCGAUACCAUUCCCGGGAGGGCUACAGAUCAUGACCAGCCUCCAUCUCAAAUCACCAUCGGGACGCUGGACACCACUGGGGUUUCUCAAGUUUUGGCGCCCUGCGGCAGCUCGGCGCAACGCCGAACCUGA